AUAUUUUCAGUAUUCAGAAGAGGAAGACAUUUUCAGCUUUCACCUUGUCGACGUCUGAACUGCAUCCCCUAAUCAGCGUGAAUGCACUAUAGAAUGGUUUAGGAAUACCACGUAUUUAAAACUGUUGAGCAAUCCUCCUAGAGGAGUAGAAAACGAGAGGAUGUUUUUGAUAAGAUUGACAGGACCUGACAAGAAUAAGUUUCCAAGUUCCUUCUGAAAGUUUCUUCAUUUCACUUUCAUUUUGUUUCUUGGAAAUAUCAAGAGAUUGUGAGGAUAACAAAUUAAAAAUUAGUUCUUCAAAACAACUUUCCAUCGGAUAACUUUAAUCACCAGGUGAGGGCAGAAAAUGUGAGACAAUUAGCGUUCAAUUACAUAUAUUACAGCAUCAUCGACGUAGCUAGGAUGUGUAAACAAUGAUUUGAGAUUUCGUCCCGCUUUGUUGAAAUCUGCGUGCUUCUGAAAAAAAGAACGUCUAACCAAUGAGACUACCUGGGAGAUACUUGCGAGUGACGCUUAAACUACUGAUAUUUUCGGUCCUUAUGUACUUAUGCAGGAUAAAUACCACGGUGCGAACCGUAGAGGCUUGCAGAGCACUUGAAUUCACCGAUCUGUUUGAAGGAGUGGCCCUCACAGGUCACUUGAUAAAGAAUUUGUCAUUAGAGGUUCAAAAUAACUGUCAACUGAGCUGCUACCUAGAGGACGAUUGUGUUUCUUAUAACCUUGGCCCCAAGAACACUGAUGGCAAGUACGUUUGUGAACUAAGUGACUCUGACGACCAACAAUUUCCCGGAGAUCUGGUGCCAAGAGAUGGGUUCAUAUAUGGUGUAACUAAAAACUUUUGUUCCAAUUCCAAGUGUUCUGGUAAUGGUAAAUGUCAGAAUGGAUUUACGGACAAGGGAUACCGCUGCUUGUGCCAGAAAGGAUUUGUGGGUGAUAACUGUGAGAACGGUUUUAAAAUAGGGAGCUGGCUCAAGGUAAAUACCAAUCCUCUUUGUUUUGGAGCACGUAAUGACGAUCAUGGAUCAUUUACCAUUGCAAAGGCUGGAUCCAUUUCUGCCUUGAAGCUUGUUCACAUUUCGGGUGCCUUGACCUGCCACAGUUCGAGCACCAGAUCGUUCUGGGGUUGUGAAGUGUCCAGUUACGGGAAGAAGACUCUCAUGACUCUGGUCACUUACAUCAACCGCACUGUUUUCUUACCAACGAGAGAAACAGCAGACAUGGGCGAGCCCGGCCAUACGUGCGCUACUGAAUACAUUUACCACCUUCAAGGCUUUGAUGACGUCUCCACAGAAAUAAUAUUCAACACGAGCUCAAAGACUCUACCAGUUAAAAUGAACCAAGGAUUCCAAAUUUGGUAUGGCCAAGAUUUAAGUGAUUGCAGUGAGAUCAACAACAGCGGUCAGAGCUGUGUUAAUGUGUAUGUGUGGUACGAUACUAUUUAUUAACGGGGCACUGUCUCUUGUCAUAUCAAAGUUUAUAACUGCAAUUGAACUGAGUGCAAUUUGUAUAGGUAAUCACAUGAUUUCGAGCGCAUUUUGGGAUAAAUCAGCACGAGUUAAUUUUUCAAAGGCUCACCAAAUUGCAUGAGCCCGUGAGACUCGUGAAAUGUGUAGUCUUUGAAAAAUUUACUCGUGCUGUUUUAUCCCAAAUUGCACCGGAAAAAUCGUGUGAUUACUAGUUAAUGAUAUAAAAGCAAAAAUGUGACUCUGUUUUCCUUUUUAGCUGUUUUUUUUUUCGUGUCAUGGCUUACCAGUUCGGCCGCUUGCCUUUGCCUCGUCACUGGAGUCGUCCAGCUUUUCCCUCUAGAUGUUCCUUAAAACUUUUAAAACAUCUCUCAACAAUAAUUAAGCGUUUGUACACUUUCUCUGUUAGGUGUCAGCUGACAGCAGUAACUCAUUACACGAAAGCAAUCACGCUUGUAAUCUUCCCCGUCUUUCAUAAGAACUGUUGUGUAAAACUCCUCGACAAUUUUAUUCGGGGCUUAUGGUUCAUAAUUACAUAUCCGUUUUUGGAAGCCAGACUUUUAGCCACUUGUUUUCCCCCUGUUAGUUUUUGUUUGUAUGUUUGUUUUUAGCAUUCUCCCUCAAACUCUGAAUUAAAAACUUGUUACUUUCUCCUCA